GCCAAGGCUGUGGGGCGCGUGGGGCCGGCGACGCGGAGAAAGUUUGUGCGCGCCGGGCCGCCGGGGCCGGGCGAGGGGCGGCCGAGCGGCCCGCGGGGGCCGUGCGCGUCCCCGGUGCAGGGGGGCGGCCAACAUGGAGUCCGGGCGCAGGGCUGGGGUGGGGGAGCGGUGCGGAGGUUGGAGCCCAGCCCCCUCCCUUCCCCUCCCCCUCCGGGCCGAGUUCGAAGCACAAAGCCGAGCGCGCACGCUCGGGCGGCCCCGCGCCCCAAGAGUCAGCCCGCUCUGAGGACCGGGGAAGUGCUUGGGAACUAAACUUUUUCCUGUCUCGGAAUGGACACGGUCCCCAGGGGUCCAGCCUAGCCCCUACACACCAUGUCGGACAGCGACCUAGGUGAGGAUGAAGGCCUCCUGUCACUGGCCGGUAAGAGGAAGCGCAGGGGCAACCUGCCCAAGGAGUCGGUGAAGAUCCUCCGAGAUUGGCUCUACGUGCACCGCUACAACGCCUACCCUUCCGAGCAGGAGAAGCUCAGCCUCUCGGGGCAGACCAACCUCUCAGUGCUGCAGAUAUGUAACUGGUUUAUCAAUGCCCGACGUCGCCUUCUCCCUGACAUGCUUCGGAAGGAUGGCAAAGACCCUAACCAGUUCACCAUCUCCCGUCGUGGGGGCAAGGCGUCAGAUGUGGCUCUCCCCAGGGGUAGCAGCCCCUCGCUGCUGGCUGUGUCUGUACCAGCGCCCACCAACAUGCUCUCCUUGUCCGUGUGCUCCAUGCCGCUCCACUCAGGCCAAGGGGAAAAGCCAGCAGCCUCCUUCCCACAAGUGGAGCUGGAAUCCCCCAAGGCCCUAGUGACCCCUGGGAGCACACUCACCCUGCUGACUAAUGCUGAGGCUGGAAGCCCCGCAGGUGGACUCUUCAAUACGCCGCCACCCACACCCCCAGAACAGGACAAGGAAGACUUCAGCAGCUUCCAGUUGCUGGUGGAGGUGGCACUGCAGAGGGCUGCUGAGAUGGAGCUCCAGAAGCAGCAGGAGCCAACACCCCCGUUACUGCACACUCCCCUCCCUCUAGUCUCAGAAAAUGCUAAGUAGCCACCUGCAGCCUGGCGGCUUGAGGGUUCAGGCCGGCUGCCCCGGGUUCCUGGUUCACUUCCCUUUCAUACAGAGGGUAUUACGGAUCACUGCCAAGCGUCAGGAUCAUCUCUGUCCAGAGGUCCUCAGCAAGAAGACACCAGCUGGUGUCCCUGCGCUGCACUGUUUCGGGACCUGUGCUCUGCUGACUGCCAUUCCUGCAAGCUUCCUCUCUGCGGAGACCAAGGCACCUGAACCAGGCAUGGUGUUGCUGCUGCUGCUUCUCCAGAGAGCCCUGGGACACCUGCACUCCAGCCUACGUUCCUAGGCAGGCUCAGGAAACCUGCCAAGUUCAGACUUGAGCUGGGUCCAAGCUGCCCCUAAGCUGUGCCUCUUUUGGUCGAGGCAGGUGUGCACAUUCCAACUUCUUGAAAGGACAAAGGAAAAUGUCCAGCAGAUGUCACAGAACCGACUCCAAGUGAAUGUUUAGGUUUUUGCAAAUUGUUUAUUUUCCUUUUGCUGUGGUUUGUGUUACGGCAGUGGCCCAGAAGCUCACGUGUCGGGAGAGAGCACCUUACGUGGUGGAGCUUGGUAAAUUGGGGUGAUCACCGAUGCACCGGAUGAUUGUAUAAGGGACCAGCAGAAUCUCUGCAGCAAUGCUGAAUUCUGACUACAGUGCUUGUUUGAUUCUUGGUUUGGUUUACCAUAUUAUAAAAGAAGGAAGAUGCCCACAGGUUUGGAUAAUUUGCACCAACACAGAAGGGGAUAAAGCCACAGCCAUCUCCAACCAAACCAGACAGCCAUUAGACACAGCAGAGAUGGCUAAAACCAGAGACAUACUCGUUUUUAUUGUAUUUUGGGGUGGUUAAGCUAGACUGAAGCAGUGUUUUGCUUUCUGUUUUGGGUAUGUGUGCCUUUCCCCUACCCCCCGGCUUUUUUCAGAUCUGGGGGCUUGGCCAGAUUGUCAAGCACCAGCCUUUCCGGCUUGGGGAGAAGUGAGCCAUCUGCCGGUCAGGAGACUGGAGGAAAGGGGCUAGUGUGGCUACAGACUGGCCCAACGCUGGGAGCUGUGUCUGUCUCACCUCCCUUCAGGAUGGAAUUGCAGAGGCCUGCCUAAGUUUCCUGGGGAACACAUCACACUUGGUCUUAAUCUCUCCCCUCCCCCCCUUUUUUUUUACUUUGCUGUUUUGUUAGUUUUCAGCAGCAAUAUACCCCAUCUUUGUAUAUCCUAAGAAACACUAAUCCUAGGUUUUUAUUAACCAAAAUAUUUCUGUUCUGAAUAACCAGAAGAUGUGAGGAGCCCUGACUGUAAUUUCCUGAAGUUUGCCAGGUCGUGAACACAGAAGGGGCUCCUGAGAGUUGACUGACUUGGAGUGCCUGUCCCAGAGAAAGGCAGAAGAACCCUCUGGCCUUUCUAGGGAGCCCUUGACACUUACCAGGUUUCCCUACCUCUCCUGAGUGGCUUCGCACCAUCCAUUGCUGUGCAAGUAGGAAUGAGAGAUUUGCUCUCUGUCUCCUGCCUCCCUCUAGCUUCUACCUGUACUUCAGGGGAUCCAGUAUCCUCAUCCUUGAGGCACUGCUGGGGAUGGCUAAACAUGGCAGCUUACUGAAGUCGCUGUUUGCCCACUUCUCCCCCAACUGUCCAUGAAAUCCCGUGAUUGCUGCAGGAUGCCUACAGUAGGGGGUGAUACUGGGAUGAGGAUUUUUCUCCCCAUGGUGCACUGAGAGUGGAGGAGGGAGGGAGCCAUGCUGCUGACAUAUUCUGGCAUUCCCCCUCCUGGAAUAGUGGGGCGUUGAGGGAUAGAGGAGUCUCUGCUUAGGUUGCUCGUAAGAUAAAUCUGGAGAAGCACGGUUGUCCCAUUGAACAAUAUUUGAACAAGAAACUACUGUAAAUAACUGGUUUUUGUCUUUUGUCAAAUAAAGUUGUUUUGGUUUUGUUUAUUUUUAAAA